CAAUAAACUCCUAAAAGAAGACGAAGAAGAAACCCCACUGUUUUGAAUCAGACUAUCUUCUUUAUCGUUCAGUCAGGUCUUAUUUCCUUUAAACGGACCGACUGUUUUAUCUCGAUGCCGUAAGAAUGAAGUUAGCGGACAUUAAGAAGUUGAAAGUGGCCGAGCUGCGGUCCAAACUAACUGAACUGGGCUUGGACAGCAGAGGACUGAAGGUUGAACUGGUGGACAGACUGUGGUCCGCCUCACAGUCAGGACAGAGUCCAGAACAUGUAGAACUACUGGAGGACAGCUUACCGUCUGGACCGACGGAACCAGCUGAGGUUCAGGUUCCGACCGAGUCCUCGUCACCGCCGGUGGUCGAAUGUGCUGCUGCGCUGUGUGAAGUAAACCGGAGUAGAGCGUACACGGACACCGCCACACAAACUGAGUUAGAACCCGGUUCACCAGCGGUAUCACCGGGUUCCGAGCGCCUACCAGGUUCUGAGACUGUCUGUCAGGCUGAGGGAGGGCAGCUGGAACCUACAGGUGGUCCUCUCUCUGAGGAAAUGGGCAGAGGAAGAGCUUUCUAUGAGUUCAAAGAGGAGAUACGAUACAAAAGAUCCAAAUCACCCCAGCCUCCACAGGACAAGGAGGAGGAAGAGGAAUGGGAUGAAGAUAAAGUGAGAUUAGAUCCAUAUGGCCGUCACCUUCACUUUGAAGUGGGCUCUGAUGGAUCUUGUGGGCAGCCGCGGUACUGGGAUCGGUUCCCCCUGCUCUGGUCCGGCUGCAGGCUAACCCACGGGGUGCGGCAGGGCAGGGUGGGCUUUGAGGUUCGGUUGGAGAGGAAGUUGUUGACUGUAGAGUCGGAAGACCAAGAGGUCAAGGACUCGUACGGACUGAGAGCGGGCUGGUCGGUGGGCAACUCCUCUCUGCUGCUUGGGGAGGACGAGCUCUCUUAUGCUUAUGAUGGAUGCGGUCAAAAAGUUUCUGGUGGAAACACGGAGGAGUACGGGGAGCCUCUGUCUGAGGGGGACAUCAUUGGUUGUUAUGCCUCUUUUUCUACAGAUGGCGCUGUUGAGUUCUUUUUCCAUAAGAACAGUCGUUUCCUGGGCCAGGCUUUUUACCUGAGUCCCUCUGUGCUGCGGGGUCGAGUCUUGGUUCCUCAUGUUCUCUGCAAGAACUGUUCAGUCCGAUUGCUUCUGGACCCUGUAACCCCUCAGUGGUACCCCGGACCGCCGGGGUUUACGCCGCUGACGGCGCUCCCUGCUGGUCAGAGAGUGCGCACCACAUCAACUCCUUCCAGAGCGCAGUGUGAGGUGGUGAUGAUGGUGGGUCUUCCAGGCUCUGGGAAGAGCUUCUGGGCUCAGACUCACAUGAAGCAGUAUCCAGAGAAGAAGUACAGACUGUUGGGAACGGAGGACCUACUCACUUGUAUGCUAAGUGGUGGUCAGAGAGACAGGAGGCUGCAGCAGGCCUCCCAGUGUCUGACCGAUCUAAUCAAGGCUGCUGCCGAGACGCCUGGAAACUACAUCCUCGACCAAUGCAACGUCCUCUUCUCUGCACGUCGGCACAAGCUGCAGCUGUUUGCAGGUUUCAGACGGAGGGUGGUGAUGGUUUUCCCUUCAACAGAUGAGUGGAAAAGACGGCUGUCACAGCGUCGAAUGAGUGAUGGCGAGCACAUCCCUGAGACCGCCCUGCUCAAACUCCAAGUGAGCUGCAGUCUUCCAGAGCCGCAGCCCGAGCUGAUGGAGGAAUUGGAGUACGCGGAGCUGCCGCAGGAACAGGCACAGAUCCUCCUGACGGAGUACAAAGAGGAGGCUCACAGGCUGCUGCCGCCCGUCAUCAAACCAGACAAGAAACCCAGAUGGUGCAAGAAAAGACGUCACCUUCUGGGUCCUCCACCAUCAAACAGGAUGCAGUGGACAGCAGUCCCUGGUUGGGCCGACCCAAGAAGUAACAUGCAGCCGAGACAUUGGAACCUGCCUUAUCAGCAGCAGAACUACGACUACAACAGAAGCUUUGCUUCCAGCGGGUCCCAGAGUUACUCCUGAGGAAGCGUGGAGCAGGAAGAACAAGGCUGCAUCUGUGGGCUGGGAGGAGGCGUCCCUCAUUUUGUUAUAUUUUUAUUAAAAUAAGACAGCAACACACUUCCUUGUAACCUACUAUAAGGUGCUCUUAAGCAUUUGUUUUCCAAAGCCCUUUUUUAAAACCAUGAUCUUCAGUUGUUCUCUUCAGGAUCAUCUUUAAGGUGAAUGAAUGAAGGGUUCAAAUGGACCCGCCAAUAUUGGGCUUCUGGUGCAUCCCAGGAGGUAGCUGCAGAGCUAUGAUGACCAUGAGCUGAAAGGCAAUCGAGUAAUGAAGAUGAUGUAGUGAUGUAGGCAUCAGCACAUGAAUCGUGCGUAUAAGGAGAGCAACACAGCUUAAUGAUCCUCCAGGGGUCAAUUUGAGAAAUGAAUUGAUAAGCAGAGUCUGCAGAUCAUAACAGGUUGAAGAUGACAUGAGUUUGCUUUUAUUUGCUGCUCUGAAUGUAGAGUCAGCUGUUCUGAGUUUCUGCAAGGUCUUACAUUUAAUGAUUAACUUUUAGGCCUGAAUGCAUCUUGCAUACACCAGCAUUUUAAAUACUGGUUCCUUGAAUACAUUUGGAUAUCUCUUAAACUUUA